AUGGACGACAGAGGAGGAGGAGCCGAGUCGAACUUGGUUCUCAGUUCCGACUGGGCCGAGUUGACUCAUGAGUGCCUACUCAAUAUCCUCUCACGCCUCAGUGUCGAAGAUCGAUGGCGGAGAGUCAUGUUGGUCUGCAAAUCGUGGCUACACGCCAUCAGAGAUCCGAGUCUUUACUCGGUCUUCGACCUCGACACCCACUUCGACUCGGUCCUUGAGUCACCCGCCUGGUGGACCCCCGAGUUUGAGCGAAAAGUCGACGCUAUGCUCCGAUCCGUCGUCGUCUGGAGUGAUGGGUCUCUGAAGGAAAUUCGCGUCAGACAUUGUUCAGAUCGGUCUGUGUCUGUGGUUGCGGAAAGUUCUGCUAUCCUCACCGCUGAAUGA